AGACAAAGAAGAGAGUGAAAAAGCGGUUCUGUACAGUGGUCAAUACAAAUUGGUCGGUAAACCGGAAUGGUUCGAUCGUGUUGCAAAAGAAUACGAGGCGUGUCGUGAGCGAGUUGGACUCAUCGAUAUGUCGAGCUUCGCUAAAUUUGAUGGUCGAGAUAUAGUGAAACACAUGCAACGGCUGUGCUCGGCUGAUGUGAAUAAACCAAUCGGUACGACUGUCUAUACGGGAUUACAGAAUGAACACGGCGGUUAUGUGACCGAUUGUACUGUCAGUAGAAUGGGUCCGAAACAGUGA